AUGAGAAAUUUUUCUGAAGUGACAUAUUUUAUUUUGGCUGAUUUUUAUGGAAUGGAUGACCUGAAGCCAGUAUAUUUCUGCAUGUUCCUGAUUAUAUACAUGACCAUUGUUGCUGAAAAUGUAGUUUUAAUUGGAGUGAUCUAUUCUGAAAAAACCCUGCAUGAGCCAAUGUACCUGCUCCUGUGUAACCUGGCUGUGAAUGGUCUUUAUGGAAGCACUGCUUUACUGCCAGCAGUGCUGAGCAACAUGCUCUCACACUCACACGAGAUCUCUCUACAGUUCUGUCAGAUACAGAUUUACACUAUACACACAUAUGCCAUCAUUGAAUUCACAAUUCUAGCAGCGAUGAGUUAUGACAGGUAUAUGGCCAUUUGUUUUCCACUGACUUAUCAUACAAUCAUGUCACACAGAGUUGUGAAACUGAUUGUUUUUACAUGGCUUUUCCCCAUGCUGGCAUUUCUUAUUGUUUUCAUUUUAACUCUUCAGCUGCGGUUUUGUGAGAGAACUAUAGAAAAUGUGUACUGUGUUAAUUACUUACUGGUGAAACUUGCCUGCACAGAUACGUCAGUUGUUAACAUAGUUGGCCUGCUAUCUGUAGCUCUGUUUACACUUCCACAGCUCAUCAUGAUCUUUUAUUCAUAUGCACACAUCUUGAGAAUAUGUAUAUUUUCAUUCAGCAAAUCCAAGCUGAAAGCUCUCCGGACUUGCACCCCCCACCUGCUAGCAAUUACUAACUACUCAAUUGGGUGCUUUUUUGAAAUAGCACAAAGUCGAUUCAACAGUAGUGGUAUGCUUUACCAAACCAAGUUGUUUUUAUCUCUGUACUUUUUGAUAUUUCCACCCAUUCUUAAUCCAACAAUCUACGGUUUGAGUAUUCAAGCCAUAAGACUGCGACUAUUCAGGCUUUUCAGCAGCAAAAACAGGCAAGUGCAAAUAAUGUAG